GUGAGAGGAGUUGCUGUAUUGCUGUGUGGUAAAGUUUUAAAUUUGCCGUGGUUUUUUUCCAAAGUUCUUCAAAAGUACCGUUCCGAUAUUUCGCGAAAUGUCUACUUUUUUCCUAAAGGGAAAGUCGAGACAAGUUCGUAAAAGAAAAGGCGAGAAAAUUAAAAAGAAACCUAAGCGAACUAAUUCUAACCUAGAAAAUGGACAUCAUUCUUCUGAAAGUGAUCUCGAUUUAAAAAAGUUUUCUGAAGCUGAGGAUUCAGAAAGUGACCAAGAGACAGCUGAACAAAAGAAGCUACGCUUAGCUAAGAAAUAUUUGGAGGAAAUUGAGAAGGAAGAAGCGAAAAGGGCAGAACUAAAAGAGACCGAUGACGCUGUUGAAAAACGGCUUCAGAGAGAUUACCUUGAGCAAAAAGGGAAGUUAAAAGUACAAGCAGCAGAUAAUUUUAUUAUACCAACUGAUAAAGACUACAGACUUAUUCGUGUUAAGGACCAUCGUUUAUCCUUAACAUGUGUUUGUGUGAGUAGUGACUGUCAAAUUGCAUUUUCCGGAAGUAAAUGUGGCACUAUAAUAAAAUGGGGACUGAAAGAAAACAAAAAAUUAGGCUGCCUAACAUAUAAAACUCAUGCACAUUUAAUUAAGGGCAGUGUUACGUCAAUUUCUUUAUCAACAGAUUCUAAAUACAUGGCUAGUGCUGACCAGUCAUCUUUCAUUCAAGUCUGGGACCCUGUUACACUCAAGCAUAUAUACACAUUCAAAGGACACAAAGAUUCUGUAACGGGGUUAAUUUUUAGAAAAAAUACACAUGAUUUAUAUUCUGCUAGUAAAGAUAGAUCAAUAAAAAUUUGGUCUUUGAAUGAAAUGUCAUAUGUAGAAACUCUAUUUGGUCACCAAUCACCGAUCACAUCAAUUGAUGCACUAUCAAGAGAAAGAGCCAUCACAGCGGGCGGCCGUGACUGUACUGUACGUAUAUGGAAGAUAGUGGAAGAGUCACAGUUGAUUUUCAAUGGACCAAUAGGGAGCUUGGAUGAAGUCAAACUUUUGGAUGAAGAACAUUUUGUGUCUGGCAGUGACAAUGGGUCGUUAUGUGUUUGGAGUGUAUUGAAAAAGAAACCAUUGUGUACUGUUUUGGAAGCGCAUGGCUCUGAAAAUGAUACACCUCGAUGGAUUACCAGUAUAGCGACAUUAUUGAAUUCUGAUGUCUUUGCUUCAGGUUCCUAUGAUAAUAAUAUUAAAUUGUGGAAAGUUGGUGAUGCAUAUAGGAAAAUAACGCCAUUAUUUAGUAUAGCAGUUCAAGGCUUUAUAAAUUGUAUGCAGUUCACCAGUGAUGGAGCACAACUUUAUGCAGCUGUAGGUCAGGAACAUAAAUCAGGUAGAUGGUUCAAAAUGGGAAAUGCAAAGAAUGGAUUAUUAGUUGUUAAUUUUGAUAUUAAAUCUUAAUAUAGAAU